UUACUCUUUGAUUGAGCAAAGUAUUUCUUGAAUGGAUAUUUUGUUAUUAAUUCCACCGAUUUUCCUUCAUUUACUAGGAUAUUGCAGUAAGCAUUCUUUGCAUUAGUCUUUAAUAUUUUGCAAGUCAUUUUUCUUGUUGUAUUCAUUGGUUUUCUGAGUUUGUGAAUAGUAAGAUUUAAACCUAAACAUGGAUGAUGACGCUAGUUCAGAUGUACAGAAAUGUGUAUCAGAGAGCCCAAUGGAUACCGACGAAGGCCCUUUGAUAAAUGAAAAUUCGAAUGGAUUGUCGCAUCUUUUAACGGAAGGAGAAUUUAACAGCGUCGAUACUGGUGUUGUGGACGAAUCAUCAACAUCAAAUCAAGGAUUUCUCAAUGCGGUUGAGCUCUCAGCGGGUAGCGUUGGAGAUUAUUUGGAAAACAAUGCCAGUCGUUUUAGCGCAGACAAUUUCGAUGUAGGCGAUAACGCUGUCGAAUUUUCUAAUGAAUCAAGUAAUGCUCUUACCGACGGGGAUUCUCGUUUAAGUGAACCAGGUUUUAAAGCCGUUACUUCUGAUAUAGAUGAUAGUAAAGACGAGAAGGUCGAAGUGGGAUCCGACAAUGCAGAUGAAAAUUCAGCGGAUCUCACCAAAAAAAUUAUUAUGGCGUAUCGAUCUAAGAUUGUAGAAGACGCAAAAUUAGAGGAAACCGACACUGAUAUUAAUUCCAAGCCUCGUAAAUUGAGCAAUGAAAUAAAUGAAGCUUCAGAAGACAUUUCUUGUGAUAAAGAUAAGAUAACUGAAGGAAUAAAUAAAAAUUUAGCAGAAGAACAAAAAUUGGAUUUAAAACAGGAUACAACGGACACACUGAAGAAUGAUAAAAAUGACAUAAUUGAUGCUAAAGCUGAUGAAGAUAAAACUGAAUUGAAUGCAGAGGCAAAUGUUGGUGGGGCUGAAGAGACAGAAGUGGUAUCAGAGGAUGAACUGCCCGCUGUUCAGAAGCCAAGUAUAAAGGAUGCAGAAAAUGUGUCUGAUGAUGAACUGCCGGGACCUAAACCUGCUGACCUGCCCGCAGAUACUGAGGUUGUAUCAGAAGAUGAAUUACCAUCAUCUAAAAAAGAAUCUAAAGAAUCUCGUAAACGAAAACCUGAUGAAGAGAGAGAUGGUUAUGAUCCAGGAUCACCUACGUCUGAAGGUGAAUCAUCUAAUAAGAAGCAGGCUGUUGCUAAGAAUGGUGAAAGUAAACCAAUACCUGCUGAGAAAAGAUCAUCUAUUGAUGAAAAACCUAAAAAGAAACCUCUUCCUGAACUAGACAAGUACUGGAAAGUUGUCAACGAUGACCCUACUGACUUUACCGGGUGGACAUAUUUGUUACAAUAUGUAGAUCAAGAGAGCGACGUGGAGGCGGCGCGCGAGGCGUACGACGCCUUCCUGUCGCACUACCCCUACUGCUACGGCUACUGGAGGAAGUACGCGGACUACGAGAAACGUAAAGGAAGUAAAAAGAAGUGCCUCGAGUGCAACGAGGCCGCCACGUUGAUAUGCCAAAGCCAUCGGUUCGCAUCGGACAGUUGUAUAACCGUCGCGUAGAUUUCGGUCUAGUGUAUUAUUGUUUGUGGUGUAAAAUUUGUAUUUUACUUUAUAAGUUUAUGAUGUAUUGUGAUAUUGAUAUAUUUGUACAUUACUUAAUUUGAUGUUGAUACAUUGGAGAUACUUAAGCAAAUAAUGACUAAUCCAUGUUAGGCAUGGAGCGACACAGGUUUUAGCGCUUGAGUUAGCGAUGGCGGCCGGCGGCGGCGGCGGGCGGCGCGCCGGACACAGGUGUAAUAUGACCGACAAACAUUUUAUAUACAUUGAAUGCAGGUGAGACGUUGCGACUCCACUCCAACGACUCACUUCAUCAUUUCCAAAUUAUAACAGUCAUAUAAUGCUAUAUUAUUCCCUUGCUUGCAUAGCGCGGCCGUCGGGCGGCGGCGGCGCCCCGAGCCCCGCGGCCGCCGCGCUCAUGUCCCUAUGUUGCAGGUUUUGGAAAGAGGUCUCAAAGCGAUACCCUUAUCUGUCGACCUUUGGAUACAUUUCCUCAAUCAUAUUAAAACAACUAGAAGUGAAGAUAUUC